ACAUGGCAGCUCCCAUGAUGACGGGUGUGCAGCACUCGAGCAGUUUGAUUUUGCGGAUUUCUGCUUAUUUGUUUGUCGGCACUUCUCACAGAAUGGGAAUCAAACAGACAGUGUGCGGCUGUCGUUUGUUACGGGGUGUCUGUGGUUACAGCUCAAGACCCACAAACAACCACAUAGAAAGUGAGGUGGUUCAGGGUAGCAGUCAGCCUGUGGGACUGAGGACAGAGAAGGGCAUCGGGCUUACGGCAGGUGACCAGACUUGGAGGACUCUGGCCACUCCAGACCAGCCCCCUAACUCCAAACUGUUACGCCUGGCUAUCAUUGGUCGACCAAACUGUGGCAAGUCAACAUUAACCAAUCAGCUGAUGGGGUGGAGGGUGUCCUCAGUUUCAAACAAAGUUCACACCACCAGAAAACAGACAUUGGGAGUUUGGACGCACAAUGAGACACAGUUGGUUUUCCUAGACACACCUGGAAUGGUUGAGGCCAUCAAACGACACAGACAUCAUCUUGAGAAAUCCUUGCUGACUGACCCACACUCCAGCUGGGAAGAUGCAGAUUUAGUGGCCGUUGUUGUUGACGUUUCUCAGCCCUGGAACAGGACAGAGCUGGAUGAGGAGAUACUGAAGGCUCUGUACAUGCACUCUGAUGUUCCCUCCAUACUCGUCCUCAAUAAAGUUGACAAACUCAAAGAGAAGCAUGUCCUGCUGUCAACAGUACGUCGUCUGACUGAAGGCAUUGUUGCAGGCAAGCCGGUUGUGAAAAAGAGAAAAGAAAAGUUGACAAAACAGGACUUGUUUGAAUCUGAAUUGGUCGGUCACACUAAAACAGAUUCCAAAAACAGACUCUCAGGAACUGUCACCCAAACGUCAGACUGGUUUCAAGAUAGUGACAAUGGUGUUAGUUCAGAGUCUUUGUCACAGAGAACUUCCUUAAGACAAUCAGAGAUUGAAACUGCUCCUCAUUUGCAUAGCCAAUCAAAAAGCUCAGAGGAGUUUCACCAAUAUGGAGACAGUGCUAAUGUCCAAUCAGAACACUCUCCUGCUGUCCAAUCAGAUGCUUCAUUAAGUAGUGUUGACCACUCAGAUGGAAGCUGGAUUGAUCUUCAUCAAAAACUGAAAGAAGUCAAGAAAGUAAUCAGAAAGAAGAAUGGCUGGCCAAAUUUUGAUCAUGUUUUUAUGGUGUCAGCCUUGACCGGUGAUGGUGUGAAGGAGUUGAAGGACUACAUGCUGGGAUGUGCCAAGCCCUCUGAUUGGCUGUAUCACAGCAGCCUAGUGACUGACCAGCACCCACAGGACAUUGCUAAGAUGUGUGUCUGGGAAAAACUAUUGGAUCAUCUUCGAGAGGAAAUUCCUUAUAACCUCCAGCUGGAUGUGUCAUAUUGGGAAGUUGAUCCAUCUGGACGGCUGAAGUUGGCCAUUGAUGUGUCCUGUUGGAAGAAGCGCCAUUUUCGGGCAGCAAUGGGUCCUGGCGGCAGUACUAUCCGUCUGGUGUCAGUAGAGGCUGAAGAGGAACUUGCCCGAACCUUUCAGUGCCCCGUUCUCCUCAAGGUGAGGCUCAAACUUAGCAACUAGAGAGUCCAAGAGUCCAGGGGAAGGAGAAACUGGAAGUCGGAAUGUCUAACCACUGACAGGGAGAAAUUUUAGGCUUCUGUAACAAGAACUUGUGUGUGGACAGGCUAGGAUAGGUAACCACAAUUGGCGUCAUUCAGCUUCAAGGAAGGGAGGCAGAUUCACCAGCGAGAGCAGCUAUCACGUUCCCCUGCCCGGACAUGCCACUAUGCUAAUUACCACAUUUUUAUGAAUAAACAUGAGCAGGUGGUGUAAACUGUUAAUAUGGUGGCAGGGAUAUGAGCCGUUCCUGAUUC